AUCAGUGGCAACCCGGCGGUGGCGCCGCACUAUGGCAAGUUCUUCGGCAUCCGCAACGGAAUCGACCCCGACAUCUGGGAUCCCUCUGAGGACCCUCUGCUGCCGCGCGGCUACACGGCAGACAGCGUGAUCGAGGGCAAGGCGGCGGCCAAGGCCGAGCUGCGCAGCCGCAUGAACCUGUCGGGAGCGGACGUGCCCGUGGUGGGCUGCGUCACGCGGCUGACGCACCAGAAGGGCAUUCACCUGAUCAAGCACGCCGCCUGGCGCACGCUGGAGCGCGGCGCGCAGUUUGUGCUGCUGGGCUCCGCGCCCGACCCCAAAGUGCAGGCGGAGUUUGCUGAGCUGUCCAACCAGCUGGCGGCGCAGUACCCGGACCGCGCCCGCCUGCACUUUGCCUACGACGAGCCCCUGUCCCACCUCAUCUACGCUGGCUGCGACAUCUUCCUGGUGCCCUCCGUGUUUGAGCCCUGCGGCCUCACGCAGAUGAUCGCCAUGCGCUACGGUACCAUCCCAGUGGUGCGCAAGACGGGCGGCCUGAACGACACGGGUAAGCGCAGCUGCUGCUGCCCGCCCCCUCCCGCCCACCAUGCGUAG